AUGCUUCUCAAACCUCGAUUGAUUUUAAACCACACCAGAUCCAUGCACGUCGAAUCCAUUCCCAUGAGAUGGGGCUCCGGCGACAACUACGCUUACUUGUUGAUGGACUCGGACUCAAAAGAUGCCUGGCUUAUUGACCCGGCCGAGCCUGAUGAAGUGUUGCGGUACUUCAAGUCUCACAAUCUUGAUUUCCACCUAAAGGCCAUUGUAAAUACCCACCAUCACUACGACCAUUCGUCGGGAAACAAACACUUCCACAAAGUGUAUCCAACACUUCCCGUCAUUGCUGGCAAGGAUUCGCCAUUGGUGAGUCAUACCCCGGCUCACAAAGAGGUGAUUGAGCUAGGUACCAACUUGUCAAUUACUGCACUACACACUCCAUGUCAUACCCAGGACUCAAUUUGUUACUACGCAGAGGAUGCGACCACCAACCAGAGGGUGGUUUUCACGGGAGAUACGUUGUUUACCAGCGGGUGUGGCCGAUUUUUCGAAGGGGUGGGGGCAGAAAUGAAUAAAGCCUUGAACACAGUGCUUGCAUCUUUGCCCCAUGACACCAUUGUGUUCCCAGGACACGAGUACACCAAGUCCAAUGUGGUGUUUUCGUCAAAGAUCUUGAAGAGUCUUGCCAUGCAAAAAUUGUCCCAGUUUUGCCAAACGAACGAGUUCACCACUGGUAAGUUCACAAUUGGAGAUGAGCUUGAGUUCAACCCGUUCAUGCGUUUACAUGACCCGGCUGUGCAAGAGGCCACGGGAGAGACUGAUGGAGAUAAGGUGACGACGAAGUUGAGAGAAAUGAAGAACCAGAGUUGA